CGCCCCGAGUCUACGGAGUGCGGAGUUGUAUACGAAUCAUGGCGACACCCGACCCCGUAGACCCGGCUACCCUAGAGAUUAAGACCCGUAGCAUAGAACAGACACUACUCCCUCUAGUAAAACAGAUAUCCACCCUAGUCUCCCACCGGGAAAGACCGCUAUGUUCGGACCGGAGUCUCAGAGCCGUCGCCAGGGUCGGGCAGGCGGUAAAUUUGGCCGUCGAAAGGUUCGUCACCGUCGGGGAAACCAUCGCCGACGAUAACCCCGAGAUCAAACAGGACAUGUACGAGGCCUGCAAGGAAGCUAGAGCUGCUGGCUCAGCCAUUGAGAAAUUGUGCGAAUGCGCGAUGGAGGACAGCUUGGCGGACAGAGGGUCAGUUGUGAGAGCGGCACGAUGCCUUUUGGGAUCGGUAACCCGGGUGCUGCUCCUGGCCGACAUAGUUGUAGUCAAGCAGCUUCUCCUGGCCAAGGACAAAGUCGCACGAAGUCUCGGCCGCCUCGAGAGCGUCUCGAACUUUACGGAGUUCGUGAAAGCGUUCAGUCAGUUUGGCGCCGAGAUGGUGGAGCUGGCCCACCUGACGGGUGAUCGACAGAAUGACCUCAAGGACGAAAGGCGGAGAGCUCAAAUGGCCGCCGCUCGUCAAGUCCUUGAAAGGAGCACCAUGAUGCUUCUCACUUCCAGCAAAACCUGCCUCAGGCACCCGGAAUGCCCGUCGGCCAAGGAAAAUAGGGACACAGUGUUCUGCCAAAUGAGGAGAGCCAUGGACCUGAUACACUACGUGGUCAAGGAUGGGGUUCUGGACUGCAGCGAGUCCCAGCAAUCCUAUACCAACUCACAGAAUCCCCAGCAAGAAGACUGGGACAGUAGCACCGUAUGCUCAGCACUGAAACACUUCGAGCGUCUGGUGGAAACGACGAGAAUGACUUUGCUGGGUCCAGGGUGUCGAGAGACCUUGACGAGGGCGCUGGACACCGUGGUCGAGAGAACCCAGGACUUCACGGACAGUGCUUAUACCAGUCACGAGCACCGAGAGAACAUUCUCCUUCUGUGCGACAGGGCGAAGCUCGAGCUGAACCAACUCUUGAGGAUUGGAAACAGCAUGGAGAACUUUGAAGGCGGUGGAGGCUCACCGAGCUCGGAAAUGGAACAGGCCGUUCUCGGGGUCCUGCGAGCCACCAGAGAUCUCCGCCAGCAACUCGGUACUACCACCAUGGAGCAGGCUGGCGACCUUGGACAGGUCACCAAGGCGGGUCAGGAGCUUGUCUCCACCAUCCGAAAUCUCGCCCUGGCGAACGACAUAGACAGGCUUCAAGAGAGUAGCGAUCGGUUUCACGAGUACAUUGAACACAUUCUCGAGGUUUGCAAGCUUUUGAGACACGUGGCACUCUCGGAGUCGCUCCAAGUCUCGGCCAAGUUCACGGAAAUCAACUUGAGAAUAUACGGACCGCAGGUAGUGACGGCUGCUCACACCUUGGCGAGGCAUCCGACGAGUAAAAUCGCAAAAGAGAACCUCGAAGUGUUCGCCGACAUGUGGCAGUGGCUCAUGUCCGACGUAACCGCGGUCGCAAAAGACGUCCUCGAGCUGAGCCAGAAUCGACCCGAGAAGCAGGUUUACAUGUCGCUUCCGCGACCAGGGAAACACGGAACGACGAGUAAACCGUUGAAGCCUGUGCGACUGGACAGCGAGGAGCAAGCCAAGAUAGCGAAGGCUGGUCUCGAGAUGAAACUGAUAACGUCGGAGAUGGAUGCAGAAACUGAGAAGUGGCAGGAAAGCGGGUCGGCUCUCGAGGAGAACAACGACAUCGUAAAAAGAGCCAAGAACAUGUCGUCUAUGGCUUUCUCGAUGUACCAAUUCACCAGAGGAGAGGGCGCCCUGAAGACGACCCAGGACCUCUUCACGCAAGCUGAGUAUUUCGCCGAGGAAGCAAACAGAUUGUACAAAGUUGUGAGACAAUUCAGCUACCAGGUGCCGGGCGGACCUCACAAGAAGGAGCUUCUGGAGAACUUGGACCGAGUGCCGACCUACGUCCAGCAGCUUCAGUUCACGGUGAAGAAUCCCACCGUUGGAAAAGCCGCGACAUUCACCAAGGUCGACAACGUUAUACAAGAGACUAAAAACCUGAUGAACGUUAUAUCGAAAGUGGUCACAACCUGCUUCGUCUGCGCCACAAAGUACAACCUGGAUUUCCGAGGUCUGUCGGCGCGUGGUAGCGGCGGCUCGCCGUACAGGGGCGGAGAUGGCGCGGGUGCCGACGGCGAGGGUGGCGGCGCCGGAGGCGACGGCAGCAAGGCGGGCUCCGCCCCCGGCAGCGACCCGUCCGUCUGACAGUUCGGGAUGGCCCGACGGGCCAAGGGGGACGCCCGCCGCACCCGGGUCUCUUUCCUGCUUUUCUAGAAGGAACAUCGCCCGCCCCGGGAGCAUCGUCGCCGGGGAGGCCCCCUCCUUCUUUACUUCCGGAACAGCGCUCGCCGCCGAAAGCCCCGCCGAGCGUCGUCGAGAGAGAGAGAGAGAGAGAGAGAAAGAGAGGGAGAGAGAGGAGAGCAGCCGAGGAGCCUCCGCCGCCAGGGGCGGGAGAGAUACUGUCCUUUGGGGGUGACCUGGGGGCGGCACUCGGGCGGUCAGGGACGUACUUUGUGGCAAAGACGUCGCGACGCCAGCUCGACCACGGCGCUAGACUUUUCCCGCUUCGCGAUCGACGAGCUGCUCCUAAUCGCUUUAAGCACUCGCUAACUUUACGGUACGUUUCUCAAAAGGGCCGCGGGGAUCACACUGGGAAUAAAUCGUCUUCAGUCUAGUUCAAGCAUAGACCUACCUUUUACGUUUGUUUGUUUAUUAUACAUACAGUAUAGUAUACCGAAUUUUUAAUGCGUCGGAUUUUAGAGAGGGACACAGUUUCUUCGGGUCUUUUUCGACCGUCGGAUUAUAGGUCAUGAUUGCGUGGCGGGAUACCUAUUUAUGUAAGGAACUCUUCUUCUCUUCAUCCUGCAGCCGUCUCGCGUUACAAGGUCGCAGUUAGUCGGGAUUAUAUCUCGAUGCCACACUUUCCGCAAAAUCCAUGAUUUCAUGCGGUGAAUCAAAAUAUACUUGGAAAAUAGUUCGCGCAGGGACUUUUUUGAAAAAACAUGAAUUUUUUCAGUCUCUGAAAGUGAAAUCAGGCACAUCGUUCUUUUGUAUCGGUAUACCUCGCAGUCCCGAGACCGCUCUUAUAACGCGAGGCAACUGUACGGCGGGCAAAAUGGCCGAAAUAAAUCUUUGUACCGAAGGAUAGCGUAGAAAUGGAUGUUGAAAGAGAAAGUAAGUACUUCUCACAACAAUUUUUGAUACCAGAAGUUCGUUGAAACGGUGGUUCAAUCCUAGGAAUAGAGAUCAGAAUAUUGCGCUCAGAUAUGUGAGCUCCGAUUACACUUUCACUGUAUUGCAUUUUAAACUGAGAUAUGUAAAAUUGCCGCAAAAAAUUCUAGCAAAUGCAAGUGCCCUCGUUCAAGGAACAAUAUUCGAUCCCCUUUACCAGAUUUGAGGGAUUAAAAGAACUUGAUUGUGAAGGGAUUCGUAACUGUUUCUAGGAGAGACCAAAAGUAAAUUUUUCGGAAAGACUGUCUCUUCGUUUCUCAUGAAAGUUUGUUUGUUCACCACACUAGAAAAAAUUAUUCUACUAAUAUCCAUGUAACAUAUGUCGCUCUUCUGCUCUCUCCUAAGUACUCGUAUGUGUAGAUAUUCACCACCUACGAUAAUAUAGUUAUACUUCCCAAUGGACUUCUCAGGAGAUAAGUAGACGUAUAUAUAUAAGUACAAUUAGCUACGUUAUUUCGAGUCUCGACAGUAAAUAACUUGAAUAUUUCAGUUUUGCCUCGGAAAGGAUUGCAGCCAGUAACGAACUGCAUCGCAUCUCAGACUUGGAACUCGCUGUUUCCUUUUUUCAUGCACAGAUUUUCACCAUCUAAGUUUGGGUGUUGUUCACGCACAGAGUAUAGUCGUGAUCAGUCUAGGGGUACCGCACGUUUGAAAUUAAGGUCAUGUAAAACUUCUACCUUUACCGACCGCGCAAACUCACCCUUUUUCUUCCUAUAUUUCUUCAGAAAAAAGGUGAGUUUGCUCGGUCGGUAAGGGUAGAAGUUUUACAUGACCUUAACGGACGCGAAUGAUUUUUGACGAUUGUUUGGACUGACAACGACCUUUUUACUUACGAUGAGGUUAUCGCUUAGAUAGAUGUCAAAUUACACGAUACUUGAUUUGAUUACACAAUAUUUCACUCACAGGCCGAUUCGUUUUCCCGUAAAUCGCGACGAUUCGUAACUAAUCCGGCUGGAAGGACCAAGAAAUUUUUAAAGAGAUAGCGAUAGAUGACGGAUCAUUGAUGUAGGAUCCGAGAAUUAGUGAUAAAAGUCUGGAGUGACUGAGCAGGAUGACAAUUAACGAUUGUUGAUGAUUAAUACAGUAUAAAAGAUACACUUUAUUUGAGAGAGAUACGCGUGAACUGUGUUUGCGAAAUCGAGAAAAUACAAGUAAAUAAUACGCAGGUAUAACUUUGUGGAGGUAGACAAUGGGGGGGAUUAAAUUAACCAUUCUCACUUGAACUGUCGCAAUUUUGCUAUUUUGCCGAAUCAGACGCACUUCAGAAUAGUGUUACACGAGCGGUAUCCUUUCCAAGGCAAGAUUUCCAUCGUACUUAAGCUCUCAAUUACAGAGCGAAUAAUUCAUACAAAAUAUUGAGAGAACUGAAGUAUAAUACAUGAUUUUCGAAUAUAUUGUAUUAAACUGUACCGACGAUAAUAUUACAGCAGGCUAUUAGUAUUACUAAUAUUAAUAAGAUGAGAGAAAACUAUAAAAGCUGAAGAAGGCAACAAUAAUGUAAAUAAUUCGAUUGAUAUAGGCUUAAAAAUAUGCAGUUAGUCAUUCGUGCAUUUUUUAAAAAGGGUUUUCAAUUGUUGACGUUGAUGCAGUAAUAAGAUGCGGCACGAUUAUUUAUGUACAGAGUUGGCACAAAAUCAACGCUUAAUACAUUACACGUAUAAGUACCAAUACUACAAAUGAUAAUAUUACUAGUAAUAUUGCUAUCAUUAUUUUCCAAAAUUAUACUCUGAACAAUGUACAUACAGCUCCAAUUCUCGUAUAAUUUCUCUCACACAUGAUGCAUUAUUAUACGCAAGGUUUCCGCAGUACGCAUAAUAUGUAUAACAGGUGUAUGGAAUACCUCUACGGAAUCUCUCCCUUCACCCGUACACUUUAUCUUUAAUCUAUAAUUUAUCCAACGACACAACAACUCGUCUAGAACCCAUCAAUCUGUGAACAUCUAGACGUUAGAUUAUUACCCCAGACAGACAGGUCUAUGCGAUCACGAAUGCAUACCUAGUUCCUAAGCACGCGUCGCGUCUGCAUUUGCGUGCACAGCAUGAAUGACUGGAUUGAUGUUUAAGCGUUGAAAUUAUCAACAAUCGUUAACUGGUGUAACUACGAAUUUACAUUGUACCGAAUAUUAUAUACUUUUAUCAGGGUGAAUCCAUCAUGUAAAAUUAGCUUCUGAAAAUAGUUUUUCUUCGCUCGUUGCCGGUUACUCGGCUCAAGUUUUUCCGAAAUUCAUUUUACGACGAUACCAUCUGUAACGAUUGCGUUUUUGGUGAUGACUUGUCAUUCGCGAAUCUUGUAGAGCCUCAUGUCUUCCCUCACCUGACGUAUGCACGUAGUCAUUAUCAAAGCGAAUUCACAGUUUCUCUUUAAUUCAGGGGUCUUACGCGCGUGAUGUUAUUCGGAAUGCGACACGUAAUUUGUCCCCGUGAAUACGUAUGUAACGUGAUCUGCAGCCGCAAGCAGAAACGCAUGAUUAUGAUCGGCACUUUUUUUACCGAAAGCAGAUACAUGUUUGUAAAUUAUACGAGUUAAAACUCUGAACGACGAAAUAUCCUAGCCGUUUGUACAAUUGAUACGAGGCUGGUAAAAAUGUGAAGAAGAAGAAGAAAAAGAAGAAGAAAAAGAGGAAGAAGAGAAAGAGACAAAAUAAUGAGCAAGACAAAAUUUGUACAAAUUCUGUAUUAAACCUAAUCUCGAUUUAAAGAUUCGUUUAAAUAUAUUAUAACUAAGAAUACGUAAAUAUUAUAGAUAAAUAAUGAAUGAUACAAAUAUACAUGUUAUAUGCAAUAGAUGAUUACACGUAUAAUGUGUAUAUAACAUGAAUAAAUAUCGUUAGAUAGAAUUUGUUAUUACAGCAUAUACGAUACUAAAAUUAAGUUUUUUUGUAUAAAAAAAAAAAGAAAAGAAGAAGAGAAAAAGUGAAAAAAACGUCACAAGUAUUUUGUAAAAAGAAUUAAUGAAUUGACUGUAAGUGUUGAUUUUUAUUCCGACUGACGUUUAUAAUUAUGUACAUUUACCUACUUUCAAUCUAUUAAUUAAUGCAGCGUAUUACAUACAUAAUAAUAUAAUAUUAUAUUCGGUAAUACACAUAGUAUAUCUGAUGGGUAGGCUACUGCAGUUAUUUGUAAUCGUUUUUGACAAAUAUUCUUCCGGAAAAAAAUCAAUCUGCAACACGCGACUUGUCACGUAUGUACAUAUUAUACAUAUAUAUAAAAAUAGCUGUUAUAUGACAAAGAGAGAGGGAAUAUUAGACGUAAAAUAUCCUCCGGCUUACUUUCUAUAUAAAUAUAUUAUUACACCUUAUUACAUCAUUAAAUACCCGAUGAAAUUUAUCUUGAGGGCUUACACGGCUAUCUUCUAUAAUGUUGUAUUAUCACUUAUUAUUAUCAUCGUCAUUAACAAUAAUAUAUACGUAUAUAAUGGUUAAGGAUGAACCGCUUUAAUUUAUAAACGAUUACAAAUUUGUAUAAGCCAAAGAAAACGGCGGAGAGAAAAAAAAUAAUAACAGUAGUGAUAAUCACAAUCAUCUACAUGGUAGAUAAAUUGUACGUAUUAAGACGUUGUAGGUGUAUUAUACGUAUGUACGUAUAAAUUUUAACCAGUUACACAGAGUUUCGGAAAAUGAGGGCAUAUUUAAUUGUGACGGUGUCAAAUUAAUCAACAAAAGCCAAAUUUCGUUUCAUACUUCAAUGUAUGUUGAAUUUUUUGUCGAACAAUUCUGUAACUCUUGAAAACAAGAAAAACUUGGUUCCUAGUGAAAAAAAAUUUUUUUUUUUUUUUCUUUUGAACAGCUGUGCGAAAGUAAAAGCGUUUUAAAGAAUUGAAAUAUUGAACUCAUAUUUUAAACAGAUGUGAAUAUAGUUGUCAAGUUUUUACGUGAACUUCGCGAAUUUUAAUUUUUUUUUUUUUUAUAUUCCUCACCCCGUAUCAAAGUUUGACAUCGAGUAACCUUUGAACGCGUCUAAAAGAGGAGAUAAAAAUUGAGGAGAUGAAAUACCGAGGUACAAAUCUAGAGGGAAAUUAGAUAGCAAUGUACCCACGUUAAUGCGAGUAUUGAAAUAGUUUGUAUCUACGUAUAUUAGUGAAACUAACUCGUGCCUGUGGUUGAAAAUAUUAAACUUUCGUCUGGUUAUCGAAGAAUAAAUAAUUUAUGAUGUGAUUAAUGAAUAUUCGUGCUGUCGGGGAGCUGCGAUAUUCAAUAAGUUAUCAGCUUUGAAGUUUAUGAUUUAGUGAGAUAAUUUGGAUACGCGAUUCGAAAUUAUUCACGUAGAUUUGGUUAAACUCGUCGAAGGGUGUGAAAAGUUUUGUUCGCAAAUUUUUGCGCGCUACUUACGCGUACAAUCUGAAUUAGCUAGUGUGUUACACUCGUAUAUAUAAUACAUAUAAUAUAUAUACGUAUAACGAAAUUAUUAAAUUCAAUCAAACAAUGAAACAUAUUACCACUAUUGUUAUUUAUGUUAUUAUCAUUUAAACGGGAGUUUAAAUAAUUAACAAUUCAUCUAUCGAGAAUGAAUUGUACGCUUCUAUACUUACCAUAAUCAUCUGUAAUGUCGCAAUCUCAUUUAACGCCGUUUUGCACGAAAAGGAUGUUAGUAAACUAUGCGUAAACGUUAUCCGUGUAAAUUACAAUAAAAAUCUCGAAAAAUUUAUAAACAUAUAAUAUAAUAACCUAACGAUUGUUGGAAAGUUUGCAAAUUAUUUAGCCUAACAAUUUUCCUAUAAUUCGAUGUGCAAAUUAAAUUUUUAAUCCAAAUGUUUUUGUCUUAAAUAUGUGUAAAAUUUACAGCGUGUAAUAAAUAUUGUGCGUAAGCUAGGGGUUCAAUGAUGAAUUAGUAAACCGCGGAUGGGACCUUAUAGUUCAGAAUUCAAUUAGCAAAUUUACGAUAUCGAAAUUAUAGCACCGAUCCUUGAUUAGCAGAAUAAACUACAUUCAUUUUUCAUUGCGAAAACUUCUCGAUAAUUGUAACUUAUGUCGAAUUUAGAACAUUUUUUAGGAACAGCUGAACAAGUGGCUGGAUUUAUGUUUGAUUUCAAAUUUACCUUAGGCCAAGUUGAGGAAACAAUUGUUUAAAUGAGUGGAACUUUUAGUCUUCCAAAAGUGUGAGGUGUGAUUUUAUUAACACGAGACACUAGAAUUUGUCGAUAAAUUAGAAUUUCUUCUGAUGCAGGAACGAGAGUGAAAAGUAAGAAGAAUAUGCGGUGUAAGAUUUUUUGAAAUUUCAACAAUAUUUGCAAGUCUUCAGUGAUGUUCUAAAGUAGGCGAAAAAACUGCCAAGGUCCCAUCAGCCGUUUAGGAACGCGACUCUUCUUCCAUUACUCGAGAAACUUUACUUACUUUUAGAUGAUAUUUUUCAAUAUACGGCCGAAUCUCUUUGUAUAUCGAUUUUUACAUGAUAUAGAUAACGUAUCAAACAAAUAGAUCGUGUAGUCAGAGAUCUCUCAGAAGCAACCUCACAGUACUACAAUUAUAACUAACUAAUAAAUUCAUAACAUUGGUAAUUAAACCAAAAUAAAUAAUAUAUGCGAAUGAUGACUUGACUGACCUAAACCAUAGUUGAUAAAAUUAUAUUCAUACAUAAUAUACAUGCUAUUAUAAUAAUAUAAUAUGAAAAUGUUGAUAUGAAGAAUGAAGAAAAUUCGUCAGAUGCUUAGCUGAUCUCUCAAGUACAUUGCAUAAUACAUAGAUUAACGAUGUCAUAUAUUUUGUGAGAAUAGCGUAUGUACCUACCUUUACUCUCAUGUUGUACCAAGGAAUAAUCGUGACUAAAAUACUUUUCCCCAUUUGCCAUAUACACGUUGUAUAAUUGCAAACUGUCAUCCGCUUGUCAUAUGCAUAUUCGUAACAAUUUGGUCAAAGUAUGGAUCAGGUGAUAAAUCGAUUUUUAUCUAUAAAUGUAAUAUUGCUACAUUGGAUAGCGUUGUAGCAAAAAUACUUGGAAUUGUCCGUACGAUCUAGUUCAUUUUUCUUAAGCAAAAUAAUCGGUUUCUGUUCACCUUUUCUUCAAUGUCUCAUUUAAUAGGGUAAAUUUAUUAAAAUGCAAAAAAUGUUACGAUGACAGGGAUGCGUUUAUAAGCUAGAGGCAGUGAUGAAAUUUGUAAAACACGUUUUAGUAUACUUAUACAUAUGAAUAGAUAUAUCUUUGCAAAUUUGGUGAAUAUAGGAGUCCUAAUGAAAGAAUAAAUACUCACAAACAAGAGGAAACACCUAUAAUUUACGCAACAGGGAAGAAUAUGUGAAUAUACAUGUAAAGCCACUAAUCUCCGAAAAGUAUUAUGAUUGAAGAAAAACGAAAUACGUGUAUUUAUGUAUGUAAUUUGCCAAGCGAAAAUUUGAACGCGCAUGUAUACAAACGUCGAUCUUGUAUUUCGCACUUAACAACAAUAAUUAUACAUAUAUAUGAUUACUAUUGUUGUAACAAAUAUAUGUAUAUUACCUGUAUAUUAAAGAUGAAAACGGAGAGGAAUAAAUCAUUGUAUCAAUA